AUGUCGUCACCAAUAGUUAAACAGCAUCACGAAAACCCACAUCCAGAAGCUCUUUGCAUCUCUACCACGCGAAAACGAUAUCGAGACCCAUUAGUGGUGUUUGUUGUCGUAUUGACCGUGCUUCUGGGCUUACGCUGCAUCUACAACCCCUUCGCAGCCACAAGCUUAGCGUCAGUCCAUAACAACGACCUCGAUAUCCAGACCGUUGAUACCUACGAUGAAAACCAGCUCCAAGAGGUCGCUACCUUGAUGGAAGAGAUCUACACCGUCCUGGCCAAAAUAUCCUUCAUCCCGCAUGACUCCAUCGAGCGUGGUCCUCAUCAGAUCAACACUACAGCCAGUCCGUGCAAGCUCGACGCAGCCGACUUCCGCUUGAUGGAAAUCCUCCCAUACGUCAACACUAGCCUAUCUGGGCACGACUUUUGGCUUUGGGGCGGUACAUUCAUCGACUUUCGGAAGGAUCGUGAUUUGAACAUCGCUUGUGACGCGGGUUGGGUAGAGGACGAUUUCGCAUAUGUCAUGAGACCGGGAAUAGUCCAUUUGACCGAAGGCGGCUGGGAGGACCGGGAUCACUACAGGACCUGGAAACUACAAUACGACACUAGAAAGCAUAUGAUAAGAGUCUACGAGGGUGAGGAAUGGGAGCCCUAUAGUCAUCACUAUAGCGAUUUCUCGCCAAACUUACCAUACAUUAGUUACGGGCGAGAACAUAAUUUAAAUGACAUGCCCAUCUUUGUAGACGAUAACACAACAAGGCAACUGUCGGUGGAUAGGCACAGCCGUCACUGGAGAGAGUGGACCGAUGCACCAACGUUCUUAAAGAGGAUCAGAGACGCAUAUCUGAGCAGAGCAUGGUCACCGUGGGAGACAUCGGAGUGGAUGGACUCCCGACAUCAACAGAACGUUCUGCCCAGCAACAUCACAUCAGCUCUAUUACUGAAAAACGGCUGGCCUGAUCAAUUCGACGUUGAUCAGUUCAGAUCCGACUUCAUUCGGGCGCAGCACAAACCAUCAGGACGAGGCUGGGCAGAAGGUGCUUUCCGGGAAAUCAAGGACCAUAAGGACAAUCCGGAUGAUCCAUUCAAUAUUUAUCAUGGAAAAAGAAAACUACGAAAAUAUGAACAUGAACUCAGAGAUCUCGAAACCGGAAAUUUAACCGACGGUCCCUCGCUGUGGACAAAUAUGCUCUGCGGAGGGAGUUUAAGGCGCGAGGUCGACCGACAAGAAAGCGACUUCGAAGACGCGAAACAGCUCAUCCGGCGGCUAUGUUCAAACGAUGUAUGUGUUAAAGAAGAAGACCUGAUCCUAUGGGAGUUCCGGAAACUGGAGAAUACAUACGCAAAAGCACGACUAGAGCCCAACGCCACGAUAAUGUGUGAGCAGCGUGAAUUGCAUCCAGAUCUGCUCUCGAGGUGCAUCUCCCAGCUCAACCUCGAACGAUACUGGCUGCAGUUGGCAUAUCAACAAUCUCGUGCCGACGCCUACGCCUACUGCGCCCAAAACAGUAAACACCUCCUCCCUCCUGCAUCAUUCGAGGGCCUCGCAAGCCACUGGAUCGCGAAGUAUGAAAGUUAUAUCGCCGCAUACAACCACGUGCCAGCAGAAUUAGAUGCAUGGCAAGAGAGGACCGGAGCACCUGACUCUACCGUUGAGUUUCUUCGUAAGGAAUACGACUCGGCCAAAGACUGGGAUACAAGACUCAACGAGGGGAGGAUUGAGGAGAUAGUAAGGAGUUUAGCUGGUAGCGAUGGUGAUGAAGCCCGUUUAAAACUCUGGAAUAAUCUGGAGUAUACAGACGAGCCACGUUCCAUGGAUUAUCUGGAUGACAGCGAUAAAACACACUACGCAAAAGGUUAUGUAACCUUGUUUCACUUCACUCCGCUCCCUCCUUCCUCAAUGUCUUGGCAAGCCAGAUGCAUCAAUGAAAAAGCUUAUGGGAACACGGCGACCAAGCACCGUGAGACGCGCCCCUCCUCGCGACGUCCGAUGACUCGCAUCCAAGCGAUACCCAGCAAUGCGUCCACUGCUGCUGGGCCGGAUAUCUGUGCUCACGCUGGGACCCGUGGUUCUGCCGGUCAUGGGUUUGCUGACAUCAUGGGUAGCAAAGCAGUCUUCGUCACGGAACAGCACUUGACAGACCAGAAAACCGAGAUGCCGGUCAAUACUACAGCCACAGUCGGCCGCUUGACCAUCGUGCACAAAGACGCAAAACCGCUCGUUCCAGGUCGCAAGACAUUCUUCGAUCUCUCUGGCGAACUGCGAAACGAGAUCUACGGCCUCGCCCUCAACAAGGAAUACCAGCGUGUGCCUCUGAACCGGUACCACCUCAACAAGCCUGACCCUUUCGUCACUCUUCUACAAACAUGCUCGCAAGUCUACCAGGAGGCGCGGAGCUACAUCGUCGAGAAGCAAGUCGCGUAUGUUCCCGUUAUGGCUGGGAUGCAGUUUGACUACGGAGGCGUCCUGAAGGAAGACUACGGCUUAAGCAAAGAGACCACAGACACCAUCGCAGCGUCAGUGAUGGAUUUCAUGAACGUCCACUUUCAUCUGCAUAUCGAUCUAUCGGCACAGAUGGAUUUACAGGUAUGUAAACUGCAACAUGGUCCUGGAGCGCGCCGAUACCGCGUUAAGGGUCUCCAUGACUCGAAUGGAGAGGAGUACAACCCUUCUACCUUGCUCGACACCCUUCACCAAGCCAUCAAGCAAUACAUGCCGCAGUCACGGGACCUAUACAUUAAACAUGGGCUAGGAAAGCGACAUGCAACAGUGCACUUGGACCAUCUAUUCUCGUUGUGGCCGAAGAUCUGUGUCGAACAUCCUUGCGUACCUAUCGCUGCUAUGCGCGAUCUCGUUGACCUGCUCGCCAAAGACACCAUGACAAACUGGCAGAUUCGUUAUUAUGUCCCGACCGGCCAAGCUGGUACAGAAACUAGCUAUGGAACCACAUCAGACGAAGAAGGUAUGGCUAGUUUGAUCCGCGAUACUGAACUCGCGCAGCUACGAGGCUAUGCGGACACGCGCGGACGCGGCAACAUAACCAUCGUAGCGGAGAUGUAUGGAGACCACACGGAGUGGGAAUUUGGCGAUGAGUCACACAGUGUAACCAGGCACCGGAGUCCAGUUACCGAAUUCUGGCCGAAUCUGCAUUUUGAUCCCUGGGAGUACGAGUUUUCGCUGGGUAAUCACUACCAAAAGCGUCAUCGUGCACAGAUGCCGUACCAACACUUUAAUGACGAAGCCUUGGAAGCCACCUUCAAGGAUCGUGCGCGACGACUACAGUGGUUGAGUGAGUUGCAGAUGAGGGAUGAGGAGGCUGAGAGGGAGCGUGAACAAAAGAAGAAAGAGGAAGAGGAAGCCCAGGCUGAGAUGAAGUGUCUUGAGUCUCGCUUGGGCGGCCUCUCGACUCUUGGAGAGUCUGAAGACUUGGAUGAGCGGGAGGCGUAA